CCUGCCUCUGGCUCGAGCGGGCAGCCGACGACCAUGGGCAACCAGAACUCGCGCUCGACGACCCCCUCGUCCAACCCGCAGUCGCCCUCAUCACAUGGCCACGCCCACGCCCACGCCCACCCGCACCCGCAGCAGCACGCGCACUUGCAUCCGCACCCGUACCCGCACAGCCAGCACCACUCGGCGCGACGGCGAGAGUCGAUCCAGGCACUCAGCGCCGCCAAAGCCCUUGCCGCCCCCUCGGUGAGCCUCGAGAACGCCGAGAGCUCGACCCGCCCGCACUCGCGUGGACGCGCGCAAACCAUAGGGACUAGCACCAAAGCUGUCGCCAGCCAGCUGCGCGCCGCCCAGGACCAAUUCCGCCCCCCGCCCCAGCACGACGCCAUGGGCAACGAGCAGAGCAGCCAGAAGGGCCAUCACCACAAGGACCGCGAGCGCGAGAGGGAGAGGGACAAGGCCGCCCGCGAUGCGGCGACGGCGGCGGCGGCGGCGACGACGACCAUGAUGACAACACCAACAAUCCACACCACCCCGCCUCAGUCGCAGCCUCUAGCAACGCCUCCAGCAGUCUCUCCUCCAGUGCAACAACACCAGCAGCACCCGCACCAGCAGCCAGAGCCCCCCGCCGACCCCUCGCCCCCGCCCCCGCCUGAGCCCACACUGCCCGUCGACGUGCCCGCCCUACCGCGAGAAGAGGCUGAAAUCCCAGCCUCGAUAGACCCCGCCGAUGCCUCCGACUACCUCAUUCCCUCGUCGCAGUUCAGCCGCCCCCCUCGCAUGCCGCUGCCCAUUGAAGAGGAGGUCCAUACCCCCGGCUCCCCCAUCAUCUCCCCAGAGGAAAUAUGGAGCCCCAUCCUCGACAACGACGCCGAGGGCAUGCUUCCCCGCCGCUCCUCGAUGCUGAGCACCACCACGGCCGACGACGAGGAUCUGGGCGACGAGUUCAAGGGCCCCAGCACCGGCCGCCCAACCGUCCCCACCCUGAUUGAGUGGGAAGGGCCUGGCGAGCGCGUCUAUGUCACGGGUACUUUUGCAGGCUGGAACCGCAAGUACAGGCUCCAUCGAAAUGGCCCCAGCAAGAAAAAGGAUGCCCUUUCUGCCUAUGUUUCGGUCACGCCAGGCACCCACCAUCUUACCUUUCUCGUCGAUAACGACAUGCGGACGAGCGAUAAGCUGCCGACCGCCGUAGACUACACCAACAUUCUUGUCAACUACAUUGAAGUGCCGUAUCCCGAGCCACAGCCCCUGGUAGACAGCCCGUCCAAGGAUACAAAGGACGCGCCCGACACGACGGUUCCCGUGCAGGAACGUGAGGCUCCCGCCGGCAUGUACCCGCCCCAGGUCCUCCCACCAGCGCCCGAAGUCCAGCCCAUCAAAGCCCCUCUGCCCGAGCCGCCGAAACCAGUCGUUCCCGAGCCCACCAAGAAGUACCAUCAAAACAUUCCCCGCUACCUGCUCGACCUCGAUGCCCCAGAAGAAUCGUCUCGGUUUGCACGCGCCAAUGCCAUGACCAACAACCUGCCCACACCACCCACGCUUCCGGGUUUCCUAGGCAAGAGCAUUCUAAACGGCACUACGCCCAUGAAGGAUGACAGCAGCGUUUUGAUCCAUCCCAAUCACACGGUGCUCAACCAUCUUGCAACAAGCAGCAUCAAAGAUAAUAUCUUGGCCACGAGUGCUACUACAAGAUACAAGCAAAAGUUCUUGACCACCAUCAUGUACAAGCCCAAGGAAGAGCAUACCGAGGCGCAUUGAUUGGUUUGGCCUUUUCUUGCUAUUGGCUUUGGCUUUUUUUUUCUUGAUCAUUUUUCUCUAUCGCCACCCUACAUUUUUCGAUAUUAUAGAAACGAGCGAUGAUGAUGUCUUGACGAAUCCUCUUUUCUCCUUGAAAUGAUAGCGAAUCAAUAUAGC